AUGAACAGGUUCCUUGUAAUCUGUUGCUGCUUAGGCGCAGUAUUGGCGGAUUUUCCUUAUCCGGCCGCUAUUCCUCUGGAUGAACAUAUCGAAACUGUAACUAUCAAUGAAGAACUGAAACCGUAUCCUGCUGCCAUUCCAAUUCAGCAUUCAGUUUCCAGCGUGCCAGAGGAAGAAUUAAAGCCUUACCCAGCACUUAUUAGUGAAAAAUAUGAAGAUUCGAAACCAUAUCCAGCAGCAAUUCCUUUGAAAGAGCAGACAGAGGAAGAUUCAAAACCAUAUCCUGCAGCUAUUCUUGUACAAGAUUAUGCUGCACCUACAGAACAGUUAAAUGAAAUACCAAAAAUAGACUUGCCUGCCGUUUCUAGAUUGCCUCCUCACAAUUUUCCAAAGAUUCAAUUGCCUGCGGUUAAACCCUUAGUAAGUUCUUUUCCUAGCAUCGCAUAUGGUGUUCCAUCUGUAGAGUAUGCAUCACCCAUCAAAAUAUACGAACCUCCAAAAGAACAAUUUUAUCCUUCAGUACAAGUAUUUGGUCCUCCAAAAGUUGAUUUACCAGCUAUAGUCAAAUUACCAUCGCAUGACUUGCCUAAAAUUGUGUUGCCCAGCGCAACUUCAUAUCCUUAUCCUGCUGCCAGCCCUGUGGAGAAGGAUGAAGAGUCAAAACCUUAUCCACCGCCUACUCCUGUUGAAGCAUACGGUCCGCCAAAAGAAGAAAUUAAUGAGAUAUCUAAAAUUAAUGUGCAUGCCGUCAUAAGAUUACCUGCAUAUGAAUCGCCAAAAAUUGAGUUACCUUCAAUUACUCCCGUAAGUUCGAUUCCAAGUGUUGAAUAUGGGGUACCUGCUGUAGAGUAUACAGCACCCGUCAAAGUCUACGGACCACCCCAGCAGAUUUAUGGUCCACCAAAGGUAGAUUCACCAGCAGUAAUAAAAUUACCAUCACAUGAUUUGCCUAAAAUUGAAUUGCCUACUACCCCUAUUCUGUCUCCUUACCCCUCUGCAAUUCCUUUGAAAAAAGUUGAACUUUCAAAGCCAUAUCCACCACCGACUCCUGCUCAAGAAUACGGACCACCGAAACAAGAGUCAAUUGAAGUAGCGAAAAUUGAUUUGCCUGCUGUAUCUAGAUUACCAGCACAUAAUUUGCCAACAAUUCAGUUACCAUCUUUAAUAAGUUCUUCACCGAGCAUCGAGUACGGAGUUCCAGCUCUAGAAAUCACUUCACCAAUUGAAGUUUACGGACCUCCUGAACAUGAAGUUAAACCUUUGGAGCAAGUCUAUGGACCUCCUAAGAUUGAUCUGCCAGCAGUAAUCAAGUUACCUGCACAUGAUUUACCCAAAAUUGAAUUACCUGAAAAAAUUGAGUACCCCUAUCCAGCAGCAAUUCCUGAAUCUGGCCCGCCAGCGAAAGAAUACGGCCCACCAGCGAACGAAGAAAUCAAAAUUGACGUUCAAGCUGUAACUAAAUUGCCUUCCUAUAACUUACCCAAGAUAUCUUUGCCCGCAUACUCCCCCUUGGCAAGUCUAUAUCCAGCUUUAGAACCAGCUAAAGUUGUGGAAUAUGGACUUCCAAUAGUAAAUUAUGCACCAGCUAAAGUUUAUGGGCCACCAAUGGAAGAAUCAUAUGCUCCUUCAAGAAUUGAAAUACCCGCUGUUACAAAAUUGCCUUUACACAAUUUACCUAAAAUUGAACUUCCUUCAUAUACGUCAACAUUAAAUACAUAUCCGGCUGUUCUGCCUUCCAAAGAGUAUGGUAUUCCAGCAAAGGUCUAUGGUCCACCUGUUGAGAUCUAUGAGUCGCCGAAAAUCGAUUUACCGGCUGUCACAAAAUUGCCAGCGCAUGAUUUACCCAAAAUACAGUUACCAACUGUAGAAUACAUUAGACCAAUUCAAGCGUAUGUUCCACCAGCAGAAACUUACGGACCUCCAGCAGAAACUUAUGGACCUCCAGCAGAGACUUACGGACCUCCUGAUACAGAGGAAAUAAAAACACCAGUAGAAGAAUACGGUCCACCAAAAGUUGAUUUGCCUGCCGUUACCAAAUUGCCAGCACACAAUUUACCUAUUAUUCCAACACCUUCCCAACCAAUAGAAGAGCCCAAACAGGAACCUGCUAAAGAAUAUGGCCCACCAAAAGAGGAUUUUGUUCCUAUAACACUAUCGGCAUCGUACCCGACGACUCCGAUUUUUCCACAACCACUUUUUGAAUACUCAGAAAUUAUUUAUGGACAUCCUGAAAUCAAUUACGUAGGACCAAUAUCAAGUUUUCCUGGAUAUAUCUACCAAUCUCCGUCGACAUCAUACACUGUUGAGAAUAUUGAGAAGUUCGAGGCUCCUGCAGCUCCAUUAGGAACUCCAUUCGCGGAAUAUGGACCUCCAAAGCAAUAG